GUUACUGGAAAGACUGAGGCGGGAGAAUGGUGUGAACCCAGGAGGCGCUUGCAGUGAUCCAAAAUCUUGCCACUGCACAGCCAGAGAGAGACAAGGAAGGGAGCCCUACGGGAGGGGGUGUCACUUUGUCGCCCAGACUGGCCUGGACCCCCAAUUUCAGCGAUUCUCCCGCUGCUGCUUCUUGAGUAGCUGGGACCUCAGACUUCAGCCCCAUGCCUGCAACCUUGUUUUGUUUAAGCAGCAAGUGGUGACCUCACUCCUCCCUGGCCUGAACACUCCGUCCCUCUUCCCAGGGGGAGACCCUAGGGGAGUCUCUGAAGCUGAGCACAGGGUGGACUCUCCCUCUGGAGUGAAUGGAGAAUAGAAAUGGAGAGGAUUUCUAUUCUGUUCUGUGGGCCAUCAGCAUGAAAUCCUACGUUCCGCCCAGGCAGGGCUUUGCAUUUCACAUUCUAGUUUGCAUGCCCGUUCCAGACAAUUCCAGGGCUUUUGAAUUAUGCCUUAGCCUUCCUGGCCGCUCUCACCUCCAAAAACCCGGAAAACAGAGACGCUGGGUGCGAGGCCGAGAGACGCAUGGUUCCCGCCCCGGCCCGGCUGUCUGCGGGUUCUAAAGGGCAAGGUCUCUCCGCCCCUACCCCGCCCAGGCCCGGCUACACUGCUUGCGGCCCCGCCCAGGCCUGGCUUCUGUCCUGUGCGCGCAAACCCGGAAGGGGAUUCCGUGGAGUGAAGGUCCUACCGCGGCGCGAUUGGUUUCUAAAGACUGAUAUUACAUGAGCAAGCAGCUGAGAAGAGGAAAGGAAAGGAGCCAGGCAUGGCUCUUCCUCAGGGACGCGUGACUUUCAGGGAUGUGGCUAUAGAAUUCUCAUUGGCGGAGUGGAAAUGCCUGAACCCUGCGCAGAGGGCUUUAUACAGGGAAGUGAUGUUGGAGAACUACAGGAACCUGGAGUCUGUGGAUAUCUCUUCCAAAUGCAUGAUGAAGGAGAUCUUGUCAACAGGGCAGGGCAAUACGGAAGUGUUCCACACAGGGACAUUGCAAAGACAUGAAAGUCAUCACAUUGGAGAUUUUUGCUUCCAGGAUAUUGAGAAAGAAAUUCAUGACAUUGAUUUUCAGUGUCAAGAAGAUGAAAGAAAUGGCCAUGAAGCACCCAUGACAAAAAUUAAAAUGUUGACUGGGAGUACAGACCGAUAUGAUCAAAGGCAAGCUGGAAACAAGCCUAUUAAUGAUCAGCUUGGAUCAUGCUUUCAUUCGCAUCUGCCUCAACUCCACUUAUUUCAGAUCAAAGGUAUAAUUGCUAAUCAACUUGAGAAGUCUACCAAUGAUGUUCCCUCACUUUCAACAUUCCAAAGAAUUUCUUGUAGGCCCCAAAUCCAUAUUUCUAAUAACUAUGAGAGUAAUUCCCCAAAUUCUUCACUACUGGCACAAAAACAGGAAGUACACAUGAGAGAAACAUCUUUCCAAUGUAAUGAGAGUGAUAAAGCCUUUAAUUGUAGCUCAGUCUUAAGGAAACACCAGAUAAUCCAUUUAGGAGACAAACAAUAUAAAUGUGAUGGAGUAAAACCUUACAAGUGUAUUGAGUGUGGCAAGAUCUUUGGUCAAAAUUCAGCCCUUGUAAUUCAUAAGGCAAUUCAUAGUGGAGAGAAACCUUACAAGUGUAAUGAAUGUGGCAAGACUUUUAAUCAACAAUCACACCUUUCACGUCAUCAUAGACUUCAUACUGGAGAGAAGCCUUACAAAUGUAAGGUUUGCGACAAGGCUUUCACGUGUCAUUCCUACCUGGCAAACCAUACUAGAAUUCAUAGUGGAGAGAAACCUUACAAGUGUAAUGAGUGUGGCAAGGCUUUUAACCAACAAUCAAACCUUGCACGUCAUCAUAGACUUCAUACUGGAGACAAACCUUACAAAUGUGAAGAAUGUGACAAAGUUUUCAGUCAGAAAUCAACCCUUGAGAUACAUCAGAGAAUUCACACUGGAGAGAAACCAUACAAAUGUAAGGUUUGUGACACAGCUUUCACGUGUAAUUCACAGCUGGCACGACAUAGAAGAAUUCACACUAGAGAGAAAACUUACAAAUGUAAUGUGUGUGCCAAGACCUUCAUUCAUAUGUCAUACCUCGUAUGCCAUCGUAGAGUUCAUAGUGGUGAGAAACCUUAUAAGUGUAAUGAGUGUGGAAAGACCUUCAGUCACAGGUCAUACCUUGUAUGCCAUCGUAGAGUUCAUAGUGGAGAGAAACCUUACAAGUGUAAUGAAUGUGGCAGGACCUUCAGUCACAGGUCAUCCCUUGUAUGCCAUCGUAGACUUCAUAGUGGUGAGAAACCUUACAAGUGUAAUGAGUGCAGCAAGACCUUCAGUCGCAGGUCAUCCCUCCUAUGCCAUCGUAGACUUCAUAGUGGUGAGAAACCUUACAAGUUUAAUGAGUAUGGCAAUAACUUCCGUCACUGGUCAUCCCUUGUAUACCAUCGUAAACGUCAUACUGGAGAGAAAUCUUACAAAUGUACUGUUUGUGACAAGGCUUUCGUGCGUAAGUCAGUCCUAGCAAUACAUACUAGAAUUCACAGUGCAGAGAAACCUUACAAGUGUAAUGAAUGUGGGAAGGCUUUUAAGCAACAAUCACACCUUUCACGUCAUCAUAGAAUUCAUACUGGAGAGAAACCUUACAAAUGUGAAGAAUGUGACAAAGUUUUCAGUCGCAAAUCAACCCUUGAGACGCAUAAGAGAAUUCACACUGGAGAGAAACCAUACAAAUGUAAGGUUUGUGACACAGCUUUCACGUGGAAUUCACAGCUGGCUCGACAUACCAGAAUUCACACUGGAGAGAAAACUUACAAGUGUAAUGAGUGUGGCAAGACUUUCAGUCACAAGUCCUCCCUUGUAUGCCAUCAAAGACUUCAUGGAGGAGAGAAAUCUUACAAAUGUACAGUUUGUGACAAGGCUUUCACGUGUCGUUCCUACGUGACAAAACAUACUAGAAUUCAUAGUGGAGAGAAACCUUACAAGUGUAAUGAGUGCAGCAAGACCUUCAGUCACAGGUCAUCCCUUGUAUGCCAUCAUAGACUUCAUAGUGGUGAGAAACCUUACAAGUGUAAUGAGUGCGGCAAGACCUUCAGCCAGAAGGCAUCCCUUCUAUGCCAUCGUAGACUUCAUAGUGGUGAGAAACCUUACAAGUGUAAUGAGUGUGGAAAUACCUUCCGUCACUGGUCAUCCCUUGUAUGCCAUCGUAGACUUCAUAACGGAGAGAAAUCUUACAAAUGUAUGGUUUGUGACAAGGCUUUCGUGCGUAAUUCACUCCUGGCAAGACAUACUACAAUUCACACUGCAGAGAAACCUUACAAGUGUAAUGAAUGUGGGAAGGUUUUUAAUCGACAGUCACACCUUUCAAGUCAUCAUAGAAUUCAUACUGGAGAGAAACCUUACAAAUGUGAAGCAUGUGACAAAGUUUUCAGUCGCAAAUCACACCUUAAAAGGCAUAGUAGAAUUCACACUGGAGAUAAACUUUUUAAGUGUAGUGAGUGUGGCAAAGCCUUUAGUGAGCAGUCAAUGCUUAUUCACCAUCAGGCAAUUCAUGGUUUAGGGAAAGUUGACUAAUGUAAUUGUGUCCGGAAUUGGUGGGUUCUUGGUCUCACUGAGUUCAAGAAUGAAGCCACGGAUCCUCGCGGUGAGUGUUACAGUACUUAAAGAUGGUGUAUCCGGAGUCUGUGCUUUCAGAUGUUCGGAUUUGUCCACAGUUUCUUUCUUCUGGUGGGUGCAUGGUCUCACUGACUUCAGGAGUGAAGCUUCAGACCUUUGCAAUGAGUGUUAUAGCUCAUAAAGGCAGCGUGGACCCAAAGAGUGAGCAGCAGCAAGAUUUAUUGUAAAGAGUGAAAGAACAAAACUUCCACAGUGUGGAAGGGGACCCGAGCAGGCUGCUACUGCGGGCUGGGGCAGCCUGCUAUUAUUCCCUUAUUUGACUCCUCCCACAUCAAACUGAUUGGUCCAUUUUACAGAGCGCUUAUUGGCCCACUUUACAGAGAGCUGAUUGAUGCAUUUUUACAGGGUGCUGAUUGGUGUGUUAAUAAACCUUUAGCUAGAU